AGAGGGAGAUGAUGGAGUCAGCCUGGAUUAUGUAUGACUCAGCCUCUUGGCUCCACGGGAGCCAAGUACCAGCUCGAACUGUGGUGAAGCAGCCUAUCCGUGGAGCCAGCAGCAGGACCACAGUCACGACCAUCGUCCAGACUGGUGGGGACUGGAGCACCGGCCUCUUCAGCGUCUGCAGAGACAGGAAAAUCUGUUUCUGUGGUCUCUUUUGUCCCAUGUGUCUUGAGUGUGACAUUGCCAGGCAUUAUGGAGAGUGUCUUUGUUGGCCACUGUUACCAGGGUCUACCUUUGCGCUGAGAAUUGGCACCAGAGAGAGACAUAAAAUACAGGGGACACUCUGUGAAGACUGGGUGGUGGUGCAUUGCUGCUGGCCUUUCUCCAUCUGCCAGGUGGCCCGAGAACUCAAGAUGAGAACCUCCCAACUCUAUGAGAUCUGUGCAAUCCAAGCACCCAAGGACACCCUGGUUUGAUAGCCCUCCUCCUGUGCUCGCUCUCCCACACCUUCCUCUCAAACCUGUCUUAGAAGGGUAAUUUUU